AUGGAGGAAGACUCGUUUGUCCCCAGAACUAGAAGAAAUUCUAUUAAAAACGACAGUUUUAAGCCUCAUGACAGCUAUGUUUUGACUCUUUCAACUGAGCCUGCAGAACAAAUUCAAAAUGACCAGCAGCCUACUUCUAAAUAUAAGAGAAUUUGGCAGAGAAUUAAAUGGAAAGUGAUGAUGGAUAUCCGAAUGAGAAACCUUAUGAAUGAUAUAAAAAAGUACGGACAAGACGAAAGUGCAUUUUUCUCCCCAACCAGUGACGGCUUACUUCAAGAUGAAUAUUAUAAGGCAAAGGCAGAUUCUAUGCUCCAAUCUAAAUGGAGUACCCGUGACAACCCAAUAAUUCCAAAAUAUAUAAUUAACCCGAGUGGAUGAUUUAAAUUAUUUUGGGAUUUAUAUAUAGGCAUUUGGCUGCUUUAUACAGCACUAGUCACACCAUUUGUUAUUGCAUUUUUGGUUACAAAAACUUGGGAUGUUUGGUUUUGAAUUGAUUUUGUAACAGAUAUGUCAUUUCUUGCUGACACUAUAAUUCAAUUAAAUACUGCUUAUCUGAAUAAGGACGAUAUUCUUAUUACAUCAAGAAAGUCUAUUCAUAAUUAGCUAUAUCUCCACAUAAUUUUUUAUUAAUUUCCUUAUUUUUUAAAAAAAAUAGAAUUCCUUUUACUAUCCUCAGUUUCCCUAUAUACUUUUCAAGCAUAUUUUUUUGAAUUAUUUAUGCGGGUGACUUCUACUUGAUUUAAUUGCUUCAAUCCCAUUUGGGAUGAUUGAAGUCCUAUUAGAUUAUGAAAGCCAUGGGCGGAUGAUGAACCAGCUUGUCAAAAUUUUUAAAAUUAAAUCCGUCCCAAGGCUAUUUAGGCUUACCAAACUGUCAAAAUUAUUUACUCCCCCCAUCCUUGAUCGAACGAUGGCGAGCCGUUCGAUCAAGGAUGGGGGGUUAAAAAAUUUUUUUUUGGGAAAAAAAAUUUUAUAUAUAAAAUAAAAUAUAUAUAUUUUUUUUAUUUACUUUUAAAUAAGAGGGUUAAGAGUAUUUAAUAAUUAUUUUUACAGCAAAAAAUUGAAUUAGUUUCAUAAAAAUAUCAAUUUUUAAUAUUUUGAUUUAUUAGUUAUCCCUUUAAACGGUAUAAAUUUUAAUUUGUUCCUUAUUAAAUUAAAUUUUUUGUUUUUAAAUUUUAAAGAAAUCUCUAUUUUUUAGAUUAUUGAGUUUUUAAGCCUAGGUUGAUGACUAAAUCACUUCGGAUGGUUGAUUCCGUAGCUUUUUGUCGUCUAAAGUCUCUGAAAACAACUUCAUUAGGUACAUCUUCCCAAGCUUUUGAUAACUAAUAUAUUUUUAUAUAAAAAAUUGCAUGAUAUGAAAAUCGUUCAAUCAAGGAUGGGGGUUAAUUUCCCCAAUUUUUUAGGAAUUUUACAGUGAAUCGUUCGAUCAAGGAUGGGGGGGAGUUAAAGAAAAAACAUCAAGUGAAAACUUUGAAAAUAUUCAAAUAAUCUUGAAUAUCAAUCAUAGCAUUACUCGCCUAAUAAGCGCUUUAUCAGUUAUUGCAGUAUCUCUUCACCUGGUAGGAUGUAUGUGAUUUUAUUCAGCUCGAUUUGAUGAUUUCAGCCCAGAUACUUGGGUUGUAAGACUGGGAUAUAUGGACAAGCCUAUCAAAGAGCUAUAUCUUGCCAGUAUUUAUUGAGGAAUGACAACUUUAGCAACUGUAGGAUAUGGCGAUAUAAAUCCUCGUACAAAUUUCGAAAAAGGCAUAGCUAUGGUUUGGAUGAUUUGUGCUGUCUAUUUUAUAUCAUUUAGCAUAGGAAGUUUAUCGUCAAUGUACUCUAAUAUUGAUAUUAUGAAAAAUAUAAUAGACCACAAAAUACAGGUAUCUGAUAAUUAUGCGAGGGAGACUGAAAUAUCUAGUGAUAUUAAAAGAAAAAUGAUCAAAACAAUUCGAGUGAGAACGGAAAAAGUUGUUAUUUCUUCUGAUGAUAAAGAAGAUUUGCUUAAUGAAUUCCCCAAAAAAUUGAAAUAUGAUAUAGCUUUGACUAUGCAUAAAGGCAUCAUAAAAAAAUUUUCAUUUUUCACUUUAAAAGACUACACAUUUAUUGCUGGGACUGUGCCAUAUUUACAACCAAUGAUAGCAGGAAUAAAUGAAAUGAUUUGCCGCAAAGGGGAAGUUCCUCAUAAUAUAUAUACUUCUUUUUUUGGAGUGGCGCUGCAAGCGCAGGCCACUCCAUGCGGAAUUCCUGUGUUGGUUUAACCAACAUAGGAGUUGGUCGAACCAAAACUGUGCGUUGGUUCGACCAACCCAUGAAUUCCGCAUGGAGUGGCCUGCGCUUGCAGCGCCACUCCAAGGAGGUUUCUAUAUUUUAUUGCCUCAGGCAGAGCAUGCUUUAUUUAUGGAGAGGACAAUAUUGUAUACAGAGUUCUCCAAGAAGGCCAUUAUUUUGGAGACGCAGAAGUUGUUAGAAAUGUCCUUACACCAUAAUUAAAUUAUGUUUUAGGCCGGGUAAGCAAAAUACCAAAAAAUAUAGAAAGUUCUUUCUGUUUUCGAUAAAUUUAAGCCAUAAUAUUUAUUUUAAAAAUAGGCAAUAAUGUUAAUUAUAUUUUUUUUUUAUAUUUUUAAAUAUAGAUUAGUUAGGAAAUAUAAUAUUUGUGCAGGAGCUGAUGCUGUCAUAUUAGUUAUGACCAAAAAGGUAACACCUAUUUAGCUUAUCGAAAAAAUUCAGCUUGAAUUUCCUGCAAUCUGAAAAGAGAUCGUUGAAUUUGCUGAUGAAAGAGAAAAGAAAAUAAUCAAAGCUCUUGCAGAAAUGAAAGCUUUGCUUAAAGCAAAUCACAGUGGGCUUAUUAAGACUUUAAGUGCAGCUGAAUUUAAAGAAAUAAUAGCAAAGGAAAUUGCUGAUAUAGAAACAGAAAUAAAUGAAGAAUCUGAAAGGGAGGAUUUUAAGUAUAGCGAAAAAAUAGGCUCAUAUUAUUUGAUGGGAAGUUUUCCUCGUGAAACAAUUCUUAAUGAAUUAUUGGCCGAAAUAUUUUCCUGAUGAGACAUUUGAUCGAAUUUUAUUGACUUUCCAUCUCACGAGAAAAAUUUUCUACCAAAAAUCCCCUAGGAAAUUACACAUGGGGAAGAAUUUUCCAAUAAAAUAACUUGCACCGAAAAAAUGAAAUAUAAACAAAUGGUCACUAUAAGGAGACAAUUAGAUGAAAAUACAAACUUAAUAGACCGAGUGCAGAAUUUGAUAAAAAAAAUAGAUAGCGAUAAUCAAGAAAAGCAAGACCAUUUGCCACCAAUAAAUCAAAUAAGCCUAGAAACUUUAACAACAGCUAGAAGAUUCCUAAAUAUAAAUUUUGAUAUUUUGGAAAAUCAAAAUAUAGCAGAGUCCUUGGAUAUCCCAGAAUCCGAAAAUAAAGAUAAAGAGACAGGAAAUAAAUAA